AGACAUACCCGAAUUGGGGCCCAAUUCCUACUCUGCCUAAAUCACGAUGCCUGGUGAAGUGGCUGACCGACCGAAUCCAACGCCGACAGCUUCAGACCUUCCAGAAUCUGUUCUAGACCUCGCGGUCAAACUCGAUACCAAAGAUGUUCUCCCGGCGGUAGAGUUGAACUCUCUGGAAUGUUUUAGGAGAGCGGCAAACUAUAUCGCCGCGGCUAUGAUAUUUCUCCGGGACAACGUACUCCUGGAACGGGAGCUCAAAUCCGAAGAUAUCAAACCGAGACUUCUGGGGCAUUGGGGAACAUGCCCGGGGUUGGUCUUAGUUUAUUCUCACCUAAACAGGCUGAUCGAGAAGUGGGGAAGUAAGAUGAUGUUUGUUGUUGGGCCGGGUGCGAUCUACUCUGACAAUUUGCCCGUGCUUGAAGCUAAAAAGUCAAAAUAGGCCAUGGCGCACCGGCAAUUCUAGCGACCCUAUGGCUGGAAGGCUCUCUGGAGCACUUUUAUCCCGAGUAUUCUGUAGAUCACAGAGGCCUUCACAAUCUAAUCGCAAACUUCUCCACUCCGACGGGAUUCCCUAGUCACAUUAAUGCACAAGUCCCCGGAUGUAUUCACGAAGGAGGAGAGCUAGGAUAUGCCCUUGCUGUUGCCUUUGGCGCUAUAAUGGAUAAGAAGGACUUGGUUGUACCUGUGGUUAUUGGUGAUGGAGAGGCAGAAUCUGGCCCUACUGCUGCGUAUGUUUAUCUCCCAGUCCUGGGUACUAUAUUCUAAGAAAUACGACAUUAGAGCAUGGCACGGCUACAAGUAUAUCGAUCCCGUAGAGUCUGGUGCCGUGCUUCCCAUUGUCCAUGUGAACGGUUUCAAAAUUAGCGAGAGAACGAUAUAUGGCUGCAUGGAUGAUAGGGAAAUAACCUCACUUUUCACGUACGACCUCCAUCUCAAGAUUUAAAGGUAGAAUCUGACAAUAUUCAGGGGUUAUGGUUAUAAAGUCCGCAUUGUCAGUGACCUUGAAAAUAUAGACAAUGAUCUCGCUGCCUCAAUGGAUUGGGCAAUGGAAACCAUCCGGCAUAUCCAGAAAGCCGCACGCAGCGGAAAGCCGAUCGAAAAGCCUCGUUGGCCAGUCAUAAUUCUCCGAACUCCCAAGGGGUGGGGAGGCCCUAAAGAGCUUCACGGCAAAUUCAUUGAAGGCUCAUUUCACUCUCACCAAGUCCCUCUUCCGGGGGCUAAAAGCGAUAGCGAAGAACUUGGAGAGUUGCAAUAUUGGUUGAAAAGAUAUGAUCCUAUUUCUCUUUUUGACAAGAAUGGCAAACCUGUGGAAACAGUGAUGAAGGCAAUUCCGACAUGUCCCUUGAAGAGAAUGGGGGUUAUAAAAGAUUCUUUUGAGGGUUACCAGCCACCGGAUGUCCCCGACUGGUUAGAAAUGGGUGUCCAGAAGCAUGGCCAAGCAUCCAGUAUGAAGGCUAUUGGCGAUUUCCUCAAGGAGGUACUCAAACGGAACGAAAAUUCGGUACGGAUAUUCUCUCCUGAUGAGCUGGAGAGUAAUAAACUCGACGCAGUUCUAGAAUAUACAGGCCGGAACUUCCAAUGGGGUGAGCAUACCCGGGCCAACGACGGACGAGUGAUUGAGAUUUUAUCCGAGCAUACUUGUCAGGGUUUCAUGCAGGGGUACACGCUUACAGGACGGACCGGUAUUUUUCCGAGUUAUGAGAGCUUCCUGGGAAUUAUAAACACCAUGAUGGUCCAGUAUAGCAAGUUUCGGAAGAUGGUGUGUGUCCGAAAAUCCUCCGGUAAAGGGAGUGUCUGAUAAAUUUGUUAGGGCAGAGAAACCCAUUGGAGAAAGGAUACAGCUAGCCUGAAUUAUAUCGAAACUAGCACCUGGGCAAGGUAUGAUAAAAUCCCUUACCGGUAUUUUGUAUGGAGAGGACAACCCUAACACAACCAGACAAGAACAUAAUGGACAUUCUCACCAAAACCCCUCAUUCAUUGGUGCAGUCCUCAACCUCAAAGCUGAUGCUGCUCGGGUGUAUCUCCCGCCAGAUGCAAAUUGCUUCUUGUCAACUAUAGCUCACUGCCUCCGCUCAAAGGUACUUCCGCCGUCUUUUCAAAAUAUCACUUCUUUGCUAACGCUGCACCCUUCCUAGAAUUACGUAAACCUAAUGGUCGGCUCCAAACAACCUACCCCCGUCUGGCUUUCUCCAGAAGAAGCACAAGCACAUUGCCGAGCUGGUGCAUCAAUCUGGGAAUUUGCCUCGACAGACAAAGGCCUCAAUCCUGAUGCCGUCCUUGUGGGGAUUGGAACGGAGGUGACCUUCGAGGUCAUUGCUGCAGCCUCCCUCCUCAGGACUCUGGUUCCGGAGCUUCGUGUACGAGUAGUAAAUGUAACAGACCUCCUAAUACUCUCUCCCGAAGACACUCAUCCACACGCAUUAGACGAUGAAGCAUUCAAUUCCCUCUUUACACGAGAUAGUUGUGUACAUAUCAACUAUCACGGAUACAAAGGAGAGAUUUCCGGGUUACUAUUCGGACGAAAGGGCAUGGAAAGAGUAACGGUUGCUGGAUACAACGAAGAGGGCAGCACUACUACCCCUUUUGAUAUGAUGCUCCGAAACGGGGUUUCUAGAUACCAUGUUGCCAUUCAGGCCGUCCGGGGAGGAGCCAAAGUGAAUGGGGUUGUUGCGGUGAGGAUGGUGACGGUGAUAGGGGAGCUACAACAUAGGAUUCGGAAGACAGAGGAACAUAUUAGGAAGUGGCAUGUCGAUCCGGAUGAUGCAUAUAAUGUUCCUAGGUUUGAAUAAGUUCUUGGGGGUUUCCUGCCUCUUGGAAUUUUUUUGGCUAUGAGCGGAGGAAGAGCGGAAUAUCAUUUUCUUUCAAAGAUUUCUUGUAGAUUUGUGCGUCGGCACGAUGUUUGAGUAAUCAUGGAUUUUUCUUU